AUGAAUUAUCAAGCGUAUGGAGUUACACCUCCUAUAUCGGUGGCUAACCCCACGCCGAAGGAGAAUAGUUUAAAUGAUUCGUUGAUCAAGGAAUUAAAGGCUAGAGGAUCGUUUGAGAGCGAGGCAGCGACUAAAAAGAGAGUAGAGGUGCUUCAUAUAUUGCAGAAAUUGACGGAGGAAUUUGUUUACACCGUUUCGAUUAAUAAAAACAUGAACGAGGGGAUGGCGAAGGAUGCUGGAGGAAAGAUAUUUACGUUCGGGUCGUAUCGAUUAGGGGUGUAUGGACCAGGAUCCGAUAUCGAUACGUUGGUGGUGGUGCCGAAACAUGUCACCAGGAGCGAUUUCUUUGAGGUGUUCGAUAAGAUCUUGAGAAAGAGACCCGAGUUGGAGGAAAUAGCGCUGGUACUGGAUGCGUACGUUCCGAUCAUUAAGAUGGAAUUUGGGGGGAUCUCGAUCGAUCUUAUAUGUGCCAGGUUGGACAUUCCGCGGAUCCCAAAAGACUUGAAAUUGGAUGACAAGAACUUGCUCAGAAACAUUGACGAGAAGGACCUUAGAUCGUUGAACGGUACCAGAGUUACCGACGAGAUUUUGACGUUGGUCCCCAAGCCAACGGUGUUCAAGCAUGCCCUUAGAUGUAUUAAAAUGUGGGCCCAACAGAGAGCGAUUUAUGCCAAUGUGUUUGGAUUCCCGGGUGGUGUUGCGUGGGCCAUGUUGGUGGCCAGAAUAUGCCAGCUUUAUCCAAAUGCGGUGAGUGCUGUUAUUGUCGAGAAGUUCUUUCAUAUAUACGCCCAAUGGAGCUGGCCGCAACCGGUGUUGCUUAAACCGAUAGAAGAUGGACCUUUACAGGUGAGAGUGUGGAAUCCAAAGUUAUACCCACAUGAUCGCCAACAUAGAAUGCCUGUUAUUACCCCUGCUUAUCCAUCGAUGUGUGCUACUCAUAAUAUCACCAGCUCUACUCAAAAAAUUAUUUUAGACGAAUUCAAAAGAGGCAUUGACAUAAUGAGCCAAAUCAGCAUGAAUAAAAGCACCUGGUCAGAUCUCCUUGCUAGACACACCUUUUUCUAUAAGUACAAAUUUUACUUAUGUAUCGUAGCGGCGACGCAGGGCUCGUCUGAAGAUCAUCUUAAAUGGGGAGGAAUGGUUGAAAGUAGAUUAAGACUCUUAAUUCAGAAACUAGAAAUGACUGAAGGUAUUGAGAUUGCACAUCCAUAUGUAAAGCCCUUUGAAAAUAGUUAUGCAUGCGAAAAUCCAGCCCAAGCUGAAGAAGUUAUAAACACAUAUGGAACACUCCAAGGCGAAAGUAUCACUAAAGAUCUUUCAGAGCCAGUAAAGAAUAAGGGAGAGGAAAACGGGACAGUAGAUAAAGAGGAAGAAAAAGAAGGAAAGCAUUCUAUAGAGGUUCAUCUUACGAAGCUCUUCGUUGGUUUGGAUAUUGACCUAAACAAAGGAAGCGACAAGAAACUCGACAUCCAGUAUCCAUGUUCAGAAUUCUUUAAUAUAUGUAAAGGAUGGCAAACUUAUGACGAAAAGCUUCAUUCUAUUCAAAUAAAGCAUGUUAAACUUUACGAUUUACCUAAUGAUGUAUAUAUCGAGGGAGAAGAAAGGCCAGUUAAGAACUCCAAAAGAAAAAGAUCAGCGACUAAAGAUCAAGGUAAAAAGAGGCCGAAGAGUGUCGGUACGGCUACUACAGUCGCAAGUAGUUAA